AUUCUUAACCUCAAUCUUAACAAUCAAAGCAUGUUUUUAAUUUUGCUUUAACUGUUACAAUAUUAAUAUUUAAAUAUGGAAGAAUUACCCGGUUUUGAAGAUUUUAAACAUUCAGAAAAUGUUGAUUCAGACGAUGACAACGAAAGUACAUUAAAACCGACGAAAACCAAUAAAAAAAGUGGUGGUUUUCAAUCAAUGGGAAUAAGUUAUAACGUUUUAAAAGGAAUUAUAAAACGGGGUUAUAAAAUCCCAACUCCCAUACAAAGAAAAACGAUCCCUUUAGCUUUAGAGGGUCGCGAUGUUGUCGCUAUGGCACGUACGGGAAGUGGAAAAACAGCUUCAUUUUUAAUACCCCUUUUCGAAAAGUUAAAGGUAAGAUCUGCGAAAAGUGGGGCUCGAGGAUUGAUACUUUCACCAACAAGAGAAUUAGCUUUACAGACGUUAAAGUUUGUUAAAGAGCUGGGGAAAUUUACCGAUUUAAAAGCUGCUGUUAUUUUGGGUGGUGAUUCAAUGGAAGAUCAAUUCGCUGUAAUUCAUGGAAGUCCAGAUAUAAUUGUGGCCACCCCAGGUCGUUUUUUACAUGUUUGCAUUGAAAUGGAUCUUAAAUUAUCAAAUGUUGAGUGUAUUAUUUUUGACGAAGCUGAUCGAUUGUUUGAGAUGGGUUUCGGGGAACAGUUGAAUGAAAUUGUUAAUCGAUUACCUGAUAAUAGGCAGACUUUAUUGUUUUCUGCUACUUUACCCAGAGUUUUAGUUGAUUUUGCUAAAGCUGGAUUAAGCGAUCCUGUUUUAAUCCGUUUGGAUGUUGAAUCUAAAUUACCUGAACAAUUACAAUUGCAUUUUAUUACUGUGCGGGCAGAAGAAAAAGUUGCUGGUUUACUUGUUUUAUUAAAAAAUCAUAUUGAAGCUAAACAACAAACUGUAGUUUUUGCAGCUACCAAACAUCAUGUGGAAUAUUUACAUUUGAUUUUAGAUAAAGUUGGAAUAAGCAACACUUAUAUAUAUUCAAAUUUAGAUCCUGCAGCUCGUAAAAUACACGCUGCUAAAUUUAGUUCGGGAAAAUCAAUGGUUUUGAUUGUAACAGAUGUAGCUGCACGAGGAAUUGAUAUUCCACAAUUAGAUAAUGUUAUUAAUUUUAAUUUUCCAGCAAAAGCUAAAUUAUUCGUCCACAGAGUUGGCCGUUGCGCUCGCGCUGGCCGUUCUGGUACGGCUUAUUCAUUAAUAUCUCCAGAUGAAUACGCCCAUUUACUCGACUUAUACUUAUUUUUGGGUAAAAAAGUCUCUUUUGUAACCACUCAUACACCAAAAGGCGAUAUCGGUCACAUUCCUCAAUCGUUAUUAGAAGAACAACAAUGCUUCUUAUUGGGUUUACACGAAACUUACAUUGAUUUAGUGUCAAUGCGGGAAGUUUCCGAAAAGGGUUAUAAACAGUACUUAAGAUCGAGACCUGCUGCUUCCGUUGAUAGUAAUAAAAGGAUUAAAGAAUUACCGUUUGGGAAUUGCGGAAUUCAUACUAUUUUUCAAACUGAGGAUGCUCUUAGUGAAAUUAAAAAAGAAAAUAUUUUAGAAAGAAUGAAAAAUUAUCGUCCAAGUGGGACAAUAUUUGAAUUAUGUAGUAAAAACAAAUCAGAAGAUUAUCAAGUUAUGAAAACGAAACGAGCAUUACACAAAAACCAAAUAGCCUUAUUCCACCAAAAGCUUUCAACAAACAGCGCAAUAGAAACAACAUUUACAUCAACAUUACCAUCAUUAAACAAUAAAGAAAUCGAAGAGACUUUCAAAGAAGUAAUUUUACCCAAAAAACGUAAAAUCGAUGAUUUAUAUAAAACAAAAAAACCUAAAAAAAUCAAAGAUGAUGAAAAUUUUAUUCCAUAUCAACCUCGAGAUAAACACACAGAAGACGGUUUAGCGGUGAAUUCGUUUGCUCAAGAAGCUAAUCAAGUCCAAAUGGAUUUAACAGGUGAUUCACAUGAAACCAUGAGAAUGUCAAAACAGGUUAAAAAAUGGGAUCGAAAGAAAAAGAAAAUGAUUACGGUUGAUACAGGAAGUAAACAUGGGAAAAUUAAAACCGAAUCGGGCGUUUGGAUUCCUGCAACAUAUAAAAGUAAUCGUUAUGCUCAGUGGAAAGAAAAAACCAAAGCUGAUGAGGACUUAGAUGAUGAUAGUGGUGACGAUGAUGAAAAGAAUAAGAAAGGAAAAGGUUUAGUAACGAAAGUAAAUACUCAUUGGGCGAGACAUAACGAGAAAUUAAAAAUGAAAAUGAAAAAAUCCGAGUUGAAGAGUACCGAUCAGAUUUUGAAAGCGCGAAUGUUGGCGGAGAAAAAGAAGAAGAAACAGAAAGGAAAAAAGAAAACUAAAAGAAAACAUAAAUAACUUAAACGUUUCUUAU